AUGGACCUGUUAAAAAAGGGGCUUGUGUGGAGGGUUGGUAAUGGGGAGAGUAUUAAAAUAUGGGGUGAUAGGUGGAUUCCUCAACUAUCCUCUUAUAAAAUACAAUCUCCUAUCAAGUGCUUCACUGAGGUUGAUAUGGUGGCAAUGCUUAUUGAUGGAGAAAAGAGUGAGUGGAAGGUGGAAGUGGUGAAAAAAGUGUUCAAUGAAGUUGAGGCUGAGAUUAUAUGUGGUUUACCUGUUAGUAAAACUGGUAGGUCAAAUAAACAAAUUUGGGCACCUUCCAAGAGCGGGGUUUUCAAUGUGAAAUCUGCUUACCAUUUUGAAAUGCAGAUGAGGAGAAGUGGAUGUUUGGUAGAAGGUAGUAGUCCAGUUCAGAAAUGGCCAUCAGAAGAAGUGGACUUUGGAUUUGUAUGGAGGAAAAUGACACAAUUUCUUAGCAUGGAAGAAUUGGAAUUGACUGCUAUAGUCUUGAGAAAUAUCUGGUCAAGGAGAAACAAAUUUAUCUUUGAAUCAUGUUUUAAUAGUCCUGCUAACAUUUUUGAGCAAGCUGAAAUGUCAAAGGCUGAGUAUAUGGUAGCAAAUAGUGCAGAAUGCCCAGGAAGAAACCUUGCAGAAAGAGAGGAGGUGAGAUGGAGGAAGCCUAGGGAGGGGGUGACAAAACUAAAUUGGGAUGCUGCUUUUCUGAAGGAUAGUAAGAGGAUGGGAGCUGGAGUCGUGUUUCGAGAUCAAGAAUGGGAUAUUCUGCUAUCUGCUUUUAUACCAUAG